AUGCCUCUCCGAAUUGCUGAUCGGAAGCUCUCUUUCAGCACCCUCGCUACCUACGACGCCGAUUCCGACGAGUUUUUGAUACGUCGUUCUGCCUCCGAUCCUUCUUCCGUUCUCCCGCCCGCCGGCGCCUCGACUCACCACAGCCCAAAGAAGAGGAAAAAGAAAAAGAAAACGAAGAAAUCACUAAUCGAGAAUGAUUCCCUCUCGUUGCCGCCCAAAGUUGAUAGAGUUACAGAGAGCAACGGGGAAGCAAUUGACCGCUGUUCCCCCACGGACGGAUUUAGCCUUAAUAAUUACAGCUAUACCUUCGUUGAAACCACGCCGACGAUUGUGGUUCCGGAAGUGUUGGAGAGGAGGGGAGACGGUUAUUCUGUACGGACGUCGAUCACGCGUAGUCCGCAUUUGAGACAGAGGAGUGUGAAUUUAGCUGUGAAUGGGAUUAAUGAAUCGGAGCCUGCUGCAUCGUCUGUGACUUCUCUGGGGAGUGUGGAGUGCAAGAAUAGUACUAAUGCUGGUGGUGAGAUUGUGGAAAAAGAGAUUGAGAGAGGGAAUGAAGCGGAUUUGAUUCCACAGCGGACAUUUGAGAUGAAUGGGAGAACGUUGGAGAAAGAGGAGUCUUUGGAUUGGAAGAAAGUAAUGGCGGAAGAUCCCCAUUAUGCUUAUCCUGUGGAGAAGUCACCUCUUAAAUAUUUCUUGGAUGAAAUGCAUUCUGGAAACUCAUUGCAGAGAACUGUUACUCUUGGAAAUGAGAAAGAACGUGAGAGAGUUUAUAACAUCAUAUUCCAGUUGCCAUGGCGAAUUGAACUGCUUAUUAAUGUUGGAUUUUUCGUCUGCUUGGAUUCAUUUCUUUCGUUGUUAACCAUCAUGCCAGCAAGAAUUUCUAUAAUGUUAUGGAGGCUACUGAAGACAAGGCAGUUCAAGAGACCUUCUUCAGCUGAACUAUCUGAUUUUGGAUGUCUCAUUGUUCUGCUUUGUGGAGUGGCCCUACUACAGCAAGCAGAUAUUAGCUGGAUAUACCACAUGAUUCGCGGGCAAGGGACAAUCAAGCUUUAUGUUCUCUACAAUGUGCUGGAGAUAUUUGAUAAACUAUGUCAAAGUUUUGGUGGAGAUGUAAUGCAAACGAUGUUUAAUUCAGCAGAUGAUCUUGCAAGCUGUUCAGCAGAAAGCUUUCAGCUGUCAUUAUGGAGAUUCAUCAAAGACGAGUCAUUAGCUGUGGCUUCAUCUAUUGUGCAUUCCUUUGUUUUGUUAGCUCAAGGUGUUACUCUGUCCACUUGUAUAGUUGCUCACAAUAAUGCGUUAUGGGCUCUUCUUAUAUCCAACAAUUUUGGAGAGAUAAAAAGCAAUGUGUUUAAGCGAUAUAACAAGGAUAACGUUCACAGUUUGGCGCAUUUUGAUGCUGUGGAGCGGUUCCAUGUUUCGGCAUUUCUUUUGUUUGUUUUGGCUCAAAACAUACUAGAAGCAGAGGGUUCUUGGUUUGAAAACUUCCUCUUGAAUGCUUUUCUAGUUCUCUUUUGUGAAGUGUUGAUUGAUGUUAUCAAGCUUUCAUUCAUUGCGAAAUUCAAUGAUCAUAAGCCUGAUACUUUCUCAGAAUUUUUAGAAGAUCUAUGCAAUCAGACACUAAAGAUUCCUACAGAGCCUGGAAAGAGAACUCUAGUCUUUGUUCCUCUUGCCCCAGCUUGUUUGGUUAUCCGAGUGUUGCGCCCUGUUUAUGCGGCUCAUCUACCGUCAAAUCCUCUUGUAUGGAGAUUCCUUUGGAUCUUUCUUCUCUCUGCCAUGACAUUCGUGAUGCUCUCUAGCCUGAAGUUGUUGAUCGGCAUGGGCCUCCAGAAGUAUGCUGGAUGGUAUAUUAAGAGGCGCCUUAGAAAGAAACUACACAAAGACUGAGUUUCAGGCUUGCUGCUGGAGAGAUCAGAUCAGUGAACAAGGGUAUUGGGUUUCACUCGUGCCAGGAAAUUUGUGCUGAGGAAGAUCCUCAUUCUGUGUGAAAUGGCAUGUCAAGACUGCACAUGAUAUACUCUGUAUUGGAAAGUUGAUAGGUACAUGUCCUGGGAAGUUAAUAACUUAUCAACUUUUUGUAGCUCGAUGUACCCAUAAAUUUUGUUGUAGAGAAUCUGGGUACACAUUAUGAGUAUGGUUGAUCUGUAAACAAACUUUCACAUGUACAACAGCAUUAUACUGAAAUAGAAUGUACAGUUUUCUGAUGAAGCAAAGCAAUACAAAUGUGAAUUGGAGAAACACAGUUAGUAAAUCAAUCAUUAGGGAUCAUCCAUGAGAUCUUCUAUUCAGCAUACUGUGUGUCGGCAGUGUUUUAUUAGUAAAAUGACACAAUCUUAUUCAUACUAGAUUUUAUACUAUAUAUCAUGAGUUAUUCCUCAUCUUGUUCUGCAUAGUAAAGUGUUGGCUUUUUCGGCAGACCGAUUUCCACAGUUCCUUCUAACAUCUUGGCUACCUUCCCCAUUGUUGGCCUGUUUUCAGCUCGGUCUUGAAUGCACCACAUCGCAGUCAUCAACAUACGAUUCACCAUAUCAAAAUGAGCACGGCUAUCAUAAGAAUGCUUGAUCCUUGGGUCCAAGAUGUCAUCAAUGUUCGUCUCUUUGAAAACUUGAUCAAAUGCCCAACAAGGAAAAUACCAGUCAGUGCUCUCUGCAAUUGAAAUCUGAUUCUGCUGUUCGUGAUUCCUGGUACCUGUCACCAUUUCCAGCAGCACCAACCCAAAGCUGUAUACAUCAGAUUUUGAUGUGAUGGGUUCCGGCCUUAGCCACUCAGGCGCCACAUAUCCAGGUGUGCCCCGGAAUCGCGUCUUGCUGAUGAGAUCCUCCUUUUUCUUCAACUUAGCCAGUCCAAAAUCUGAUACUUUUGGGCAGAAGUCUUCUCCCAGAAGAAUGUUCUCAGGCUUGAUGUCACAGUGGAGCACCCAUUCCAAGCAUUCCUCAUGCAGGU